AAUCAGACCCUGUCUCAGAACAGGUGGUGAUGGACAUUAAUAAUUUGAAGUUUUGAUUAUUUUUUAUGAUAAAAUUUCAAGCAUAAACAAUGCGAAUUAAUCAAUUAAGUUUCUUACCUUGCACAAUGCAAUACCAGUAUCAAGUCGAUCCAUGAAAUUAUCAACAUUAAUCAUGAGCUCGGGGUAAAGUGUGUUUAGCCACUCAGCUAAAUCUUCUCGCAUUGCAUAUAAAUAUUCUUCGCUUGAUUUGAACGGCCGAUAAGGACGCGCUUCUAACAGAACUGUUGCCAUUGUGUUUUCUUCUGUGUUUUCUUUCCAGACUUCUUUAAAAAUUCAAUUGGCAGUGCCAGUUGAUUUCGUCGAAAUUUUCAAGAAUUCUUCUUCAAUCUCGUCUCCUCGAUUUUUUAUUAUUAAUGUAUUUUUUUGUAUUUCAAUUCAGCAUCAAACAGUUGAUAAAUCAUGAAUCUCGUAAUGAAUGGCCAGUUAGAAGAGAUCAGUUGUCCGUAUGAUAAUAAUUAGCUCAAAAAUGUCUUUGAAGUUCUUUCAGUUAACUUGUACUAAGUGUCUCUUCAAAACUACUCUCUUUUUUUCUACACUAACUUAUGAUUCAUAUUUUUCGGGAUUUUCACAGAAUUAAAGAAAUUUCUCUUAUCAGUCUGAAUUGAAUAAUCUUAACUAUUACUUCAUUGAUUUAUACUGAACUUUGCAAGUUUGUAGUUGUUCAAAUUGUAUUCAGUUAUUCCACUUGACAGUACUGAAAGUUGAGACUGUUUUUUAUAUUUUCUGAUUUUUUUUGUGAGCAAGCAACUUCUAGCCGCCUUUAAAAUAAUCCUAGGCAGGAAGAAAGAAAUUUUUUUUUCCAGGAUUAAAAGUUAAAUUUUUUUUUCGUGUUCCACUCUAUUGAUAUGAUUUUUAAUACAGUCUCUUGAAACUCAAAUAUUCACCACUUUGACUGGUUUAUUUAGCACAAAUCUGUUCCAAAUGAUUCAAAUAAUAAUGAAAGCACUUGUAGGAAAAUUAUAUCGAAAACUAAUAUUUUUUUCCAGAAAACACAAAAAGUAGUAAAAUGAAAAUAACAAAAAAAAAUUAUUUCACAUGCGCACAAUUGUUUACAGUCACGUUUUCAGUUUGAAGUAAGAUUGAAGACU